GGCCCGCGGAGGUCCAUGUGGCGCGCUAGGUGGGACCCCGGCGUCCUGAAGGCGGAGGCCCUGGCCCUGCUGCCCUGCGGCCUGGGCAUGGCGUUCUCGCAGUCCCACGUGAUGGCGGCGCGGCGGCACCAGCACGGCCGGCUCCUCGUCGAGGUGGACGAGUACAGCUCCAACCCCACCCAGGCCUUCACCUUCUACAACAUCAACCAGGGCCGCUUCCAGCCGCCGCACGUGCAGAUGGUGGACCCCGUGCCCCACGACGCCCCCAAGCCGCCCGGCUACACGCGCUUCGUCUGCGUGUCUGACACGCACUCGAGGACGGACCCCAUCCAGAUGCCCUAUGGCGACGUGCUCAUCCACGCCGGGGACUUCACGGAGCUGGGGCUCCCGAGCGAGGUGAAGAAGUUCAACGAGUGGCUCGGCAGCCUGCCCUACGAGUACAAGAUCGUCGUCGCCGGCAACCACGAGCUGACCUUCGACCAGGAGUUCAUGGCCGACCUCAUCAAGCAGGACUUCUACUACUUCCCGUCCGUGUCGAAGCUGAAGCCGGAGAACUACGAGAACGUGCAGUCGCUGCUGACCAACUGCAUCUACCUGCAGGACUCGGAGGUGACCGUGCGGGGCUUCCGCAUCUACGGCUCCCCGUGGCAGCCCUGGUUUUACGGCUGGGGCUUCAACCUCCCGCGAGGACAAGCCCUGCUGGAGAAGUGGAACCUCAUCCCCGAAGGCGUGGACGUGCUGAUCACCCACGGGCCCCCGCUGGGCUUCCUGGACUGGGUCCCCAAGAAGAUGCAGCGGGUGGGCUGCGUGGAGCUGCUCAACACGGUGCAGAGGCGGGUCCAGCCGCGGCUGCACGUCUUCGGCCACAUCCACGAAGGGUACGGCGUCAUGGCGGACGGGACGACCACAUACGUGAACGCGUCCGUGUGCACCGUGAACUACCAGCCCGUGAACCCGCCCAUAGUCAUCGACCUGCCCACGCCCCGGAACUCCUGACUGCCCCUGCGGCCCCGG